GUGGUGCCAUGCUCAAGACUGCAAAAUGGGAAAUGGGAAAAAUCAGAGAUUCAGAGAAGGCACCAUGACUCCCACGAGGACCCAGCACUCGUUGGCAGUGCAGACCUACGCCGUGCCCCUCAUCCAGCCGGACCUGCGGCGGGAGGAGGCCAUCCAGCAGGUGGCCGAUGCCCUGCAGUACCUUCAGAAGGUCUCUGGAGACAUCUUCAGCAGAAUUUCUCAGCAUGUAGAGCUCAGCUGGAGGCAGCUGCAGGCCACUGGGGAGAGAGUCUCCUUGGCUCAGGCCAAGAUUGAGAAGAUCAAGGGCAGCAAGAAGGCAAUCAAGGUGUUCUCCGGUGCCAAGUACCCAGCUCCAGAGCACCUGCAGGAGUACGGGUCCAUCUUCACGGGUGCCCAGGACCCUGGCCUGCAGAGACGCCCCUGCCACAGGAUCCAGAGCAAGCACCGCCCCCUGGACGAGUGGGCCCUGCAGAAGCUGAAAUACUUCUCUGUGUGUGUGAACAACAAGCCUGAGCCCAAGGAUGAGGCCGAGAAGGGGUUCGGGGGCCUUCCCAGCAACAUCAGCUCUGUCAGCUCCUUGCUGCUGUUCAACACUACUGAGAACCUGUACAAAAAGUAUGUCUUUCUGGACCCCCUGGCUGGUGCUGUAACAAAGACCCAUGUGAUGUUUGGGACAGAGACCGAGGAGAAGCUGUUCGAUGCCCCUUUGUCCAUCAGCAAGAGGGAGCAGCUGGAGCAGCAGGUUCCAGAGAACUACUUCUAUGUGCCUGACCUGGGCCAAGUGCAGAUCGACGUGCCGUCCUACCUGCCCGACCUGCCAGGCAUCGCCGAUGACCUCAUGUACAGCGCUGACCUGGGCCCCGGCAUCGCCCCCUCCACCCCUGGCAUCAUUCCAGAGCUGCCCACCUUCCACACAGAGGUGGCCGAGACUUUCAAGCCAGACCCAGAAGAUGGGGUGCUAACAGCACCCCCCCCCACACCGCCACCACCACCCCCGCCUCCCCCAGCUCCGGCUGUGCUGGUCAACGCUCCCCCACCCCCGCCGCAGCCCAUGGCCUCCCCGGUCCAAGGUGCCAGGGAGGACAGCAGUGGUGGCAUGUCUCCUUUAGCUGCAGUCCAGGGAGCUCCCAACGAAGUGGUGGACCCCUCCAGUGGCCGGGCCACUCUGCUGGAGUCCAUCCGCCAGGCUGGGGGCAUCGGCAAGGCCAAGCUCCGCAGCGUCAAGGAGCGCAAGCUAGAGAAGAAGAAACAGAAGGAGCAGGAGCAAGUGAGAGCCACCAGCCAAGAUGGGGACCUGAUGUCGGAUCUCUUUAACAAGCUGGUCAUGCGGCGUAAAGUAUCUCUGGGAAAGGACCUGCGACGGGCCAGCGAGGGGCCAGGAGGAGCCUUUGCCCGAAUGGCAGCCUCCAUCCCACCUCUGCCUCCCCCACAUCAGCCACCUGGAGAAGAGGAUGAGGAUGACUGGGAAUCCUAG